AAGAGUGCAGUAAACUGUUGUCAAGAGCUAUAUGUAGCUUUGGUUAUCCUGUUGUGUUUGCGUCAUCAUUCACACCAGUGUUAGAUACACUUUUACUCUCUGCUGGCACUGGAUGUAUAGCAGUCCACCAUGUGCAAAGGAUUAGCAAAGCUUCCUGCAACGUGCUUGAAAAGCGCCAAAGACAUCAAGCACAAAAUAGGCUUCCUCCUCCAGAAGUCAGAACCCCAGGCGUCAGAUCAAAAGCCGACAAAAGACAAAGAUGUCAGUGUGAUGAGAGCUGCUCCACCAGGUGAUGUGGCGAAAUGGAAAGAAUCCUUCAACUACAUGAUGAAGAGCGAAGGUGGCCGUGUGGUCUUCACUAACUUCCUGAGGUCAGAGUUCAGUGAGGAGAACAUGGACUUCUGGAACGCCUGCCAGGAAUACAAGAAGAUCUCACCUAUCAAGAUGGCCGCCAAAGCCAAGCUGAUCUACUACAAGUAUGUUGAGGUGGACUCUCCUAAUGAGGUCAACUUGGACUCACUGACCAGGGAAGGGACCAAGCAGAACCUCGAGACUCCCACCCGGUCUGCUUUCGACGAGGCUGAGAAGAGGAUCUACAUCUUGAUGGAAAAAGACUCCUACAGGCGAUUCGUUAAGUCCAAACUGGUCCAGGACAUGUGCCAGACGCCCACCGCCGACGCCCACGAGAAGAAGGGGAAGAAAAGCAGCUGUGGGGAGAACCGGUAGGUGCUGACCGGCGGUGCCUAGACGGAGAUGACAACCAGCAGAUCUGCAAAACUGAGACCGUGAGGGCGUGCGAGAAAAGAUACCUCUUAUAGAAAAUUGUCGGUGAUGAGAAAAGGUUAAGUUUUUUUCUGUGUCCAGGGUGAAUAUGAGAGGGAAGUAUUUAUUUGUCAUAUGACUGACACAGGGAAAGGUCAUUUUUUUUGCUCAUUUCAUCUGGAGUCACAUCUCCGUCUCCAACUGAGUGAGUUAACAAUUAUUUUUACCUUUUAUGCAAUAAAACAACACCGUUUCCAUCCUGGUAUUUCUUUCUUCAUUUGUGCCCAUUCCAGUAUUUGGAUAGGUUAACAAUAAUGUUGUCCAUACAUGUGCCGCCGAUCAUCACUUCUUAAUUGCAGCAUUUCUUAAUGCUUUCGUGAUACUGUGACUUUUUUUUUUUCCAUAUGCUGUUUGAACGCACCCCGACCUGCCAGUGGGUGACAUUCACACGACAGUGCUAUAUACAAUGCAGAUCUACCUCCUUUAAAGGGACAGGGGUGCACACGGGGGACAAACACGCACAUUUAGAAAGUGUCGGAUGCCCACAUCACACGCGGUGCCUGCUACUGUUUCUUUGCUCGGACCGCCGGGUUUCCGCGAACGCCACGCUUACGUCGGCAAGGGCGGCGAGCCUUCCACAAGCGUUACACAUUCGUCACACAACGGAGGGAGGCCUCCUAUAACCUCCACGAUGGCCGCGGUUGGGCCUGACGUACAGUAGAGGGCAGGCACACCUGGAUGGCACGCCAACAUCCAUUACCUCACCAUGUUCACUUUCUUCGCUCGCCAGCGCUAACGCUCAGCAUGCUUUACCCAUCGUUGUACCGAUUCGCUGCGUACAUCUUGUGAAUGUCAAACGGUAGAAGUAAAGGAUAUUAUUAUACGAGAUUGAUUACUCUUUUAAGUGUGUGUUUCAUUAAUCUGAAAUGAAUCUGAUUGUGCUGUGAUGUGUAUCUCUGUAAUUGGAACCGCGCACUUGGGACAUGGGGACGCUAUCGAUGUUAUUGAAACGUGUUCGGCGGCACGGUGAUUGUAAUAAUAAUAACGAUGAUGGCACAGUUUGUUUGUAUAGUGCGCUUUUCUGAAACCCAAAGUGCUAAAGUUAUGUACAAAACAACAGACAGAGAGAGAGAGAGAGAGAGAGAGAGAACAUUACAGUGCACAGAAAACAAAAAAGCGGAGUUUAGCUGUUUUGGUAAAACAAACUCCCUUGAGCUGAAUUAGAUGUGCCCAUAUCAUAAUGUUGUAACUAUUGUAUUUAUGUUAACUGUACCUGGCAUGUCUUGUGACUGUUCAAAAAUAAAGAUAUGCAUUUGCAGAUGAAUCUUG